GCUGUCGAAGUUCUUCGCCAAGUGAGUGUUGACUGCUGACUGCUGACUAAGACCAGGGAAUAGGCCUGUUUAAAGACUGUGAGGACAGAAUCUUUUGUGUCUUUGUUGUUUUUCAACUGAAUUUAAAAAAAACCCUGGAGUCUGUUGUCUUUCCACGGUGUCAAGUAAAGAAUGGACAAAAUUUCCGAUGUUACAGUCGGUGACUGUAAAGAUUCGAAAUAUAUCAAGCCAAGAAGAAUUCAUUACACCCAAAAUGGAGUUCCAAAAAUCUGGGAUGCUAUGAAAGUUCAUGAUGGAGUGGUGAUACUACUGUUCAAUACAUCUCGAAAUGUAUUCAUUUUCGUCCGACAGUUCCGUCCAGCAAUUUACCUAAACUCUGUCCAUGUGGAGUCCACUGAUGAGGGGGCUGGGGCAGGUCGGGUGGAUACUGGCCGAUACCCUGGCUCUUUGGGAAUGACCCUUGAACUCUGUGCCGGUAUCGUUGACAAGUCUGGGGCUCUCCCUGAGAUUGCCCGAGCUGAGAUAUUAGAAGAAUGUGGUUAUGAUGUUCCGGUCGAUCAAAUACGGAAAAUAUCUUCCUGCAGAGGAGGAGUUGGGACUUCAGGCAGCAUGAUACAUAUGUACUAUGCAGAGGUGACAGACGCCAUGAAGGUUGGACCUGGAGGGGGCUUGGUGAGUGAGGGAGAGAUGAUUGAGGUCGUAGAGUACACAGUGGAACAGGCCCGCAGUCUGAUGACGGAUGAGACAGUCAACAAAGUCCACGCCCUCCUCUUUGCUCUCUACUGGUUUUUUGACAAAAUUUGGCCAGAAUUAAGCCAGAAGGCCAAGAUAUAACAACACUGUUUUUAGUACAUGUACAUUUCAAGCGUAGUUUUUUUGCAUUUACAUGCAUAAGGUCAGAACGUACACCUUUCAAAUCUUUAUGGCACUGUUUCUAAGGUGACUGAGUUUGGUUUGGUGGUGUCCCUGGGUAGUGGGCAAUUUCCUCUUAAUCUGAGCAGUUACAGCAGGUGCACUGAUGUGAUAAUUCACUUGUGUCUUUCUGACUUCAGCUAUUGAACACAUUCUCAUUAUAAUGAUGAUAUGUGUUUAUGAAAGUUUUCUCAUGAAGACUUGUAAAGUUGUUUUAAAUUUCUUGUGAGUGGUUUUGGGUGUUUGUGUAAACUAUUUCUAUAUUUUUGUGUAAAUGUACAUAUACUAGUGAUUUUGUUUAAUAGUCCAGUGCCAUGAGGAUGUAUUUUAUAACUAAGUGAAUAUAUUUUCUGCAUGUAAAUGUAAGGAUUUAUGAAAGAGUGAGCUAGAAGGAAAACAGAGUGUGUGAGAGAGAAAAAAAGAGAGAGAGAGAGAGAGAGAGACCCACAAAGUGACGGUGUUAUGCUGUAAUAGUUUAAUGGAGGAAUAGGGUCACCUCUGUUCUAAAGCAAUUGCUGAGGUUGAUCUGCAGAUUCUCAAUUUAAAAAUCAGGUGUCGGCGUCGGUAUGCACUAUAAAUAUAAAAAAUAGUAGGCCUACUGUAUGCUAACUUAAGUUUCUACUUGCAUUGUUUGAAUAGAAGCAUUUGUGUGUGUGUGUGUGUGUGUGUGUGUGUGUGUGUGUGUGUGUGUGUGUGUGUGUGUGUGUGUGUGUGUGUGUGUGUGUGUGUGUGUCUUGAAACAAUUCAAGAAACCAAUUACACUUUCAGAGUAUAACACUGACUGAUUAACACACCAUCAAUCUAAACUGAAAGAGGAGAGAAAAUUACUGAGCUGAUGUAGAAAUGCAAUAAAUUGUACAGUGAAAACUUCCAAAGUAAAAGUUAAAGCAACAAACUGAUCUCAUUUCUCUCAGAAGUAAAAAAAAAAAAAGAAAGAAAAAAAAUGUCUGACUGUGAGGCAUUUCACCACUCCAAGUAAUGCUCCAUAGCAAUUCACAGUGUGACAGAGUAUUGCAUGUUAUAUAUUCAGCUCAAUUAUUAGAAAUAUGUUUUUAUAUUUAUGUACUACUACAAACAUUUUUUUACAUUCACUAUGAUAAAUAAAAAAGACAACUGUAUGUUGAAACAUAA